AUGCCGGUGAAUUUGACGGCGAAUGCUAUAUCGGCCAUCCACGGCGGCGACGUCAACGCCAAGCCGCUCGUGCAGGUUCUCGACAUCAAGCUCAUCAGCGCCACGCAGGAGCGCUACCGCCUCAUAAUCUCGGACUCGCUCGUGGCACAUCAGGCAAUGCUCGCUACUCAGCUCAACGACCGAGUCAAGUCCGGCCAAGUCCGCAAAGGAUCCGUCAUCCAGCUCAUCGAUUACAUUUGCAGCACCGUCCAAAAUCGCAAGAUUAUUGUGGUGCUAAACAUGGAAACUAUCAUUCCAGACUGUGAUCCUAUCGGCAACCCUACCGGGUUCCCUGAACCCGAUACCCUUCCUCAAAUUCCAGCACCCAACUCAACCUACGGACCCCUGCCGCCGACCAAAAACACCUGUUUUGCCCCUCAGAAUGCAGUACGCUCGAGCUCUAGCCAAGGCAGGACCACAAGCUUCCAUAACCAAAACACCAAUAAUACCCAAAGUUUCCGUCCCAUGGUCCAGCCCCCAUACCAGCCGCCCCCUAACUAUAAGAACCAUGGGGCAAUCAUGAGGAAUGAGGCCCCGGCACGCAUCAUCCCCAUAGCCGCCCUGAACCCUUACCAGGGCCGGUGGGCCAUCAAGGCCCGAGUGACAGCCAAGGGUGACCUCAGGCGGUACAACAACGCCAGAGGAGAUGGGAAAGUGUUCUCCUUCGACCUUCUCGACUCGGAUGGGGGUGAAAUCCGAGCCACAUGCUUCAACGCUGUGGUUGACCGUUUUUAUGAUGCUAUCCAAAUCGGGAAAGUCUACGUGAUAUCGAGGGGAAACCUGAAGCCUGCCCAGAAAAAUUUCAACCAUCUGAAGAAUGAGUGGGAGAUAUUUCUGGAGGCCACGUCCACGGUGGACCUCUGCCAGGAUGAGGAUUCCUCCAUCCCGAGGCAGCAGUUUUCUUUUCGGCCCAUUAACGAGAUCGAGAGUGCUGAAAGCAAUUCUAUACUGGACAUCAUUGGUGUUGUGAUAUCCGUGAACCCUUCUGUUCCCAUCUUGAGAAAGAACGGGAUGGAAACACAGAGGAGAAUUCUGAACCUGAAGGAUGAAUCAGAAAGAAGUGUGGAGCUGACGUUAUGGGGGGAGUUCUGCAACCGGGAAGGGCAGCAGCUGCAGGAGAUGGUUGACAACGGGAUAUUCCCAAUUUUGGCAGUCAAAGCUGGAAAAGUCAAUGACUUCAGUGGUAAGUCGGUCAGCACCAUAUCAUCUACUCAGCUUUUCGUAAACCCGGAUUUCCCAGAAGCCGACGCCUUGAGAAACUGGUUCGACCGAGGGGGGAAAAACACUGCUUCUCGCUCGAUAUCCAAAGAGCUCAUCCCUGGUGGGCCCAAGAACGACAUACGCAAGAGCCUGGCCCAGAUAAAAGACGAAGGGCUUGGUAGGUCAGACAAGCCCGACUGGAUCACAGUCAAGGCCACCAUAUCUUUCAUCAAGACUGACAGCUUUUGCUACACGGCUUGCCCUCUGUUGAUCGGCGACAGGCAGUGUAACAAGAAAGUUACGAAGUCCGGAAACUCCGGGUGGGUGUGUGAGAGGUGUAAUCAGGAGUUUGAAGAGUGUGAUUACAGGUACCUGCUACAGGUGCAGGUUCAGGAUCAUACCGGGUUGAUGUGGGUGACUGCUUUUCAGGAGACUGGUGAGGAGAUCCUCGGCUGCUCGGCCAAAGAGCUCCACAUGUUGAAAAAUGAGGCCCAAGAUGAUAUCAGGUUUGCUGAGAUUGUCCGAAACUGUUUGUUUUCAGAGUUUAUUCUCAGGCUUAAGAUCAAGGAGGAGAUGUAUGGGGACGAGCAAAAGGUGAAGAUUACGGUCGUGAAAGCCGAGAAGGUGAACUAUCCCGAGGAGAGUAGGUUUCUGUUUGACAUGAUCUCUAAGUACCAUUUGAAAUGA